AAAGGCAGACUCCCGUGAUGCACUGCACUGCCAACGUAUGCAAACCAGGAACAUGGCUACCGGUGCUUAACAGCAGCAGUCUGUCGUUACAAAACACUUCUGUUGGUCUGACACAGUCUGUGACAAAAUAAGAUUUGCUGAGCCUCCGCCACAGAAGAAAAGCCUUCGUAGAGUUUACCGGCGGAGCCAGCUGAGCCUCUGAAAACAGCGUCUCCGUUGUUCAUCAAUCACAGACAGUGUGGGUCAACAUGGCGAGUCCAAGGACUAGAAGAGUUCUGAAGGAAGUGAGAACCCAAGACGAGAAUAAUCUGUGUUUUGAAUGUGGGGCUUUUAACCCUCAAUGGGUUAGUGUGACCUAUGGGAUCUGGAUUUGUCUCGAGUGCUCUGGCAAGCACAGGGGCCUGGGAGUACAUCUCAGCUUUGUGCGCUCUGUCACCAUGGACAAGUGGAAAGAUAUUGAACUUGAGAAGAUGAAAGCGGGAGGAAAUGGAAAAUACCGCCUAUUUCUUGAACUCCAGGAAGAUUAUGAUCCAACCUGGAAUUUACAGGAGAAAUACAGCAGCAAACCUGCUGCACUAUUUAGAGACCAGGUUGCAACUUUAGCAGAGGGUAAGGAGUGGUCCAUGGAGACAUCCCCUGCCAGAAACUGGACAUCUCCUCAACCCAAGACCGGCCUUUCAUCCUCUCAUCGCUCUGCAGGACCUGGACAAAGCUCAGCUAAACCAGGCGACAAAGCUUUUGAAGACUGGUUGAGUGAUGAUGUUAACUCCUAUCAGAGUGGAGGGGGCUACAGUGGGAAUCAAGAGAAUCGGUAUGUUGGCUUUGGCAACACGGUGACCCCAGAGAAGAAAGAGGAUGACUUCAUCAACAAUGCCAUGUCUUCUAUUUAUUCAGGUUGGAGCAGUUUUGCUGUUGGAGCUACGAAGUUUGCUUCUAUCGCUAAAGAUAAUACAUCUAAACUGGCAAACCAAGCAACCUUAAAGGCCACAGAGUUAGGACAGACAUUAAAUGAGAAUGUUAUCAAACCCACCCAAGAAAAGGUAAAAGAUGGCAAAUUGCUAGAUGAAAUGGCAUUCGGCAUCACCGGGCUGGCAAACAAGGUUCAGGGAGCCGGCUCCAAAUUGACUAAUCUCUUCUCGGGAAAACCGGAGGAUGGGUCUACUGGAGAGAGCUACCAGAACAUGGAUGCCACUGAGGGAUAUCAGGGCAGUUCUACCCAGCCUGUCUCAAAGGACUUCUGGGAAACCUUUGGCAGCAACAAUUCCUUAAAGGCCAAGCAAUCUCCCAGCAGUGACAGCUGGACCAUCGCAGAAAAUUCUGCAAAGAAGAGCUCUGACAGUUGGGACAAUUGGGGCUCUGAAGCAGCGUCCAACAACAAACACAGCACAGAGGAGGGCUGGGAAGCCUGGGACAACAACUGGGAGAACGCAGAUGGUAAGACGAAGAAGAGUCCCACAAAACCUGCUGAGGAAACCUGGGAUAAUGCAGACUGGUAGUGACCUCGCAGCCAUACAUCUCCUCAUCUUUUUCCCCACUCUGGCCUUUUCCCUCUGUCUCUCCCUCUCUCUCUCUCUCUCUCUCUCUCUCUCUCUCUCUCUCUCUCUCUCUCUCUCUCUCUCUCUCUCUCUCUCUCUCUCUUCGCUCUCGCUCUCGCUCUCUCUCUCUCUCACGCUCUCGCUCUCUCUCUCCCCGUUCAUCUCACUGGCACUUUUAGGGAAAGAGCAGCUUCCUGUAAAUCCAUUCAAAAUAUAUUUAUUAUAAACCCAGGAAACUAUAAAUGAAGCCCAGGGCUAAGUUAAGCUCAUUAUUAAAGUAAUAUUCUUAAAAUGUACAACGAUACUGACUUGCAGUCAUGUAUAUUGUAAAUUACCUUCAUCACAAAGAAUUGAGAAUAAAUCAGUGUAGAUAUGGUCAUAACGUUCUGCCUGGGCUCCCCUAAUAUUAUACACUUAAUGGUGAAUAAGUGUCCAUACUGUGGGUUUAAUGAUACUGGUUCUCAAUUUAAAAAAAAAAAUGAUGCAUGACAGAGAAAAUCUGACAUUUUAAAUGUAAAUCCUUGUAAAUACAGUAUGAUUGACGAAACACUGACAUGAUUUUCUGUUUGUUCAAUCAAAUUGAUUUCAUCCGCCCCUGGACCUUUUGCACAUUUUGUUCUUGAAAAUUAAUUUAGCUCUUUGUGUUUGGGUCACAGUGUUAUAUUAAAUAAAAGGAAACAAAUGACCACUGUGAGAAAUCAAUGAAAUCUGUGUGGAUAUGUACAAUUUAAGAUAAAUAAUCUAAUGUGGUAUGAGGUAGAGCCUUUUUAUAGCAUUAUUAUUAUUAUUUUUUUUUUUUUUUGACAUCUUUUGUUUAAAAAUGUGCAAAUAGUCAAUGGGUUUGAAAGCAGAGCGCUGCUGCUGCAUUAUCAUGUUAUCAAGACCAGAAUACGGACGGGAUGCUAAAAGUUGAAUUCGGUGUGUCCUUAACCAAUAAAGUUCAAGUCUAUAAUUGCCCCUUUUAAUAGUAAAAUGUUGAAGUUGCUUUAGGCUUAAUACAUGUUUUGUAUCACAUUGGUGUCAUUCUGACUUAAAACUGGGCUUUCUCUCAAAAUGGAUGAUUUAAUUUCACAUCAAUGAGCUGUUUAAACUUAUUUUGAUUGGCUGAUACAAAACUGUGAUUUCACUUUUGUCCAUCUGUCUGUUCAGCUCAAGACUCGUCUGGCACAGUUAAAAUAUUCUUUUAAGCACAUCUGCAACGUCCUUUGAGGAUUUUCUUUUUGUUAUGCAACUACUCAAGUAAUAUUAAUUUAUUAAGUAAUAUAGUACUUUAUACUGCAACAUUUAUCACAUUUUCUGUUUUACAUUACUGCUUAAAUGAAUAUGCCUGUGUUAAGAAUUGUCCAGCAAAAAUAUGCCAGAUAUCAAUUACAAAAUCAAAUUCUGAAGAAUUAACCGAAAAAUAAAAAGUCACAAAACCUGCCAAUAGUUAAUCAUCUACUAGGGGAGAGGAGGGGAUUUAUUGUAUAAUAUCUAUUUGUCUUUUUUUCUUUUUCUGACCUUAAAGCUGGCUGAUACUAUUUGAAUUUAAACUUUCAAAUUAGGGUUCACACAGUCGGGACAAACUGUAUUCACUCAUUCUCUUACAAAUCCAGCUGAUGCUCAGAAACAGUGAAUUAUGUCUCAUUAUGAAAGCCACUUGUUGGACAUCAGCAAUUGUUUAAUCCAUCAUUUUGCUAUAUAUAUUUUCAAGAUGCAACAUUUGGUAUUUUUAAAUAAUUGGUGUCUAAAGAUUAUAUAUAGUUUAUUGUAGAUAAGUACACACAAAAGUCUCUCAUUGCAGGGUAAUAUACUGUAUGCGUGUGUGGAGGUUGUGUUUCAAUAACUGGACACGGAUGGGGACUACGUCAAAUUAACUGCAUGGUGUUGCCUGUGAGCCUGUGUCUUGUGACCUCGACUUAACUGACUGGUCAUUGUAAAUUUCCUCUCAUAUGAAGCAACUCUGUGAUCUGUUCUCUACAUCUGUUGUUAUUGCAGCACCAUGGUCAUUAUGCACUGUGAGGAUUUUGGUGUCACCGAUAUCUUCCCACUUGUAUCAACAUCUAAAUUGUGGAGUAACGUUAAUGAGGAUCAUUAUACGCUGGAUGUCAUAAGUCUCAAACACUUUGCAAACCCUCAGUGAGAUGAAAUGGCAGCUGCACUCACAAUGUUCAUCAUAGAUGCAAAUGCAUCAUUAAAAAAACUCAUUGUUUUAAUGUAAUGUAUUUUACAAGCCUCUGGUAAUCUUAAAAUUCAGAUGAGCUGUCCAAAUUUAGAACUUGGCCAAUUUUGCAUUACCUAAUUUCCCAAGGUGGCCUUUAAUUCCCUGUAACACAAGGUGUUGCAACUUUAUCACUGUCAAAGUUUUUAUUUGCCUGUACAUGUAAAAAUCAACACAUGCCAAGUUAAAUACACUUGAACCAAUUCCAUCUCCAGGUCUGGGUUUGAUUUUGUCAGCGUUUGUUUAACAUGUUACACCAGCAGAUUAAUUUAAGGACUAAUAUCAGAAGACAUGUUAACAUGCUUGGUUUGCACCUGAUUCUUUGAGACUUGGUGUUUGUGAUCGUUGGCCUGUAGUUGAUUAUUAACUGAUCAUUAAGUAGUCUAUCGGUGCAAUAAAGCUGCUGGAUUGUUUGUUAUUAGGGUGUUAUGAAGUCUUGCUGUACCUCCUAUAGCAGUACCCAUUGAGCCUCAUUAUUGCUAAAAAUAAGAUUUUAUUAUAACAGGUUUUAACGUGUGAAGGCUCAUUCCAUGCCCAUUUCCUACCUCUAAGAAGUCUUCAGUUUACAGCCGAGUUUUCAAUCGUGAACAUGCUUUUUCUUCUGAACCUUUCAGCAUUGUUUUGAUGUAGAUCGUAUUACAGCAGGCUUUGCUGUGGCUCAUUUUGUCUUGUGUGUUAAAGCAAAGCAACAAAGAUGGGUCUACAGCGUUGGUGUGUUCUCAGUGACAACGAUCACUCCUGGAACAUUUGUGUCGCUGAACCUCUGCUGUCGUGUGUUCAUGUAUGGUUGUGUGUUUAAAAACAGCUGUGAUUGCUUUCUGUUGAAACUGAUGUCAGUUUGCUUGUGUGUCUCUCAUGCAGUGAGGUGUACAUGUCAGAAAAUUACCAUCAAGAUGUAUCGUUAGCCUCAGCCCUUCCCUAUGUUACUGAAGCUUUGUGUCAGUUAUUUUUUUUAUUUUAUGAUGGCAUGACCUAAAACAUGAACUGCCAGGAAAUGGAUGGAAGACUGUGCUGUGAUAUCUCACGUUAAAAAAUAAAAAAUAAAAACAAAGGGAAAUAUUUGAACAGCCACUUGUCUGAAAUCUAUAAAAGAGCUUAUAGUUCUGAAAAACAUAAACUUUUUUAUUGGUGAAUGUUGGUGUUACUGGUUCCCUUGAUUCACAGAGUGACUGAAAUGCAUCCAGUAGGUGUUGAUAUAAGGUGAUGAUUUUUUUAUGAACCCCAUCUAAUCCGAAGCUAAUUCUAAACUUUAACUUUCCAGAGCAGCAGUUUGGCUCAGUGUCUGUGCCUGUCGAACAUUUUUGAUUGGGUAUGUCUGUGUUUGUCAAUGAAACUAUGUCAGAAAUACUAUUUUUGAUGUCAUGCAUGAAAUGUAUCGUGGAGCUAAAUACAUUCAGCUGUUGUUUGAUUUUCAAAAGUUGUUUCCUCAGUGAAUAUAAGUGCAGUUGUCUGCUUUCCCCUUCGAGUUUCACCAGCAGCCAUCCCAUGAAGUGAGCCAGUGUUACCUACUCAGUUAAGGCUGUGGAUAUUUUUCCUGUACACAUGGUUUCUGUGUUAAAUAAAAAUGUAUUGUGCCGUGAAUUCCA